AUGUUUCUUAACGACAGUCUGCCGCCUAAUGCCAUCCUUAUCGAGUAUAUUCCAAAUCUGCAACAAAUCGACCUAUCCAACUUUUCGAAAAAACGCCUGGCUAAACUCCGUGAGAUUCUCGACAACAUUCACAAAGCAAAGGUUCUCCAUGGUGAUCCGAGACCGCGCAAUAUGAUGGUAUCCUUAGCGGAGUAUGAAAGGGUACUCUGGGUAGACUUUGAUUCUGCCCAGACAUUUCCAGAGGAUGAUCUCUCCCUAAGACAAGCGAAAUGGGUCGAAGAAGAGGUUGAGAUAGUAGACUACUUUGUUGAUGCUUUAGCUCAAGAUUUCGAAGAAGGCAGGCUGAAUCGCACAAUUUCGUACUAUUACGACUGGUACAAGUAG